AUGCUUUCUAAAGGUCAACUUUAUAUCAAUAACAGAGAAAAUGAAUUAGAGAUUAAUAGACUUAAGUUUGAAAUAGAAGAUGCUAUAAGUCGCCGCGAUUAUGCUACUGCAGCUUCUCUCCAAAAAGAUUUAGAUAACAGAGUAGAGCGUAGAAGAAGAAUGCUUGCAGGACAAAAGCAUGAUAAUACUGUGUCAGAGUUAAUGGCGCUCAAAGAACAGCAAAGACAAGAAGAAUUCCAACUCCGAGAAUCAAUGAGAGCAAAAGCAAGAAAAAUCUUAACAGAAGCAAGUCAGCGGUUAGAAGAAAUCGAAAAAGAGCAUACUCAACAAUAUGCAAAACUUGAUCGCAAAUUUAGUGAUCAAACUUUCGUUCAACUACGUAGAAAUCCGGAUUUAACUAUUGCUCGAAAAGCAGAGUGGUAUUACUCUCAGUCUGGCAAUUAUGCUGUUGCUGCAUCUCUUAGAGAUCAAAUUUCAGAUAGAAUUUCAGAAACAAUGGAAAAUAAUGAGAGAACAGCUAAUCAAAUUGUGAAUACAGAAAUAGAAACUACUCUUUUCAAGCAAGAACGCCAGAAAGAAUCUUUCAAAGUUCAUCUUGAGAAUGAGAAGAAUAGAUUAGUCCGUGAAGCCAUUUUAGAGAUGUAUAGGAUUGAAAACAAAUAUUCUAAACUCCGCCAACAUAUACUUGGAAAUAGCAAAAUUGAUUACCAAUACAAUCGUGAAAGGAAAAUAGAGCAAGAAACAAAUAAAGUUAGAGAAGUACUUGAUGAAGAGUUCAAUAUGUUCAAAAACAAUAUCACGCUUAUCGGUAUUGAUCCUCAUCCACCAAUGUCAUCAAGAGCUCCUCAGUCAGCUCGUUUCAGUACAAUGCAUACACCAAGAACCCCACGAGUUGAUUCAGAAGAAUUCCGCUCUAAUGGAAUUCGUAAUCCAAGAGUCAUUAAAGCUUUAGAAAAGUCCUUAAUGAAGAGAGAGUAUGCCGUCAUUAAUUCUGCAUCUCCUAUCACAAAUUAA